AGAGAAUGCCCUGAAUCCUCAUACACUCUAAGUCGGGUUCGCACGACAGAUCUUGCGAGAAAUCCGAUCGAUGUGGCAGAUUAUGCUGCAUGGCACAUUAGAUCACACACUUUGCGAGCGUCAUUGGAAUAUCGCGAAGACACGAGAAUCAAAGAUGAGAGAAUUAAAAAAGAAAAAAUUAGGAAGAUCAGAUUGGAACCAUUCCAUUAAUUAUCAGCCAGCCAAAGGCAACGCGAGGAAAGAAUAUGAACAAAAAAGACAAAUACGAAAAUAGGGUACAGAGAAACCAAAAAUCCAAGGCAAAAGAGAACAAUUAGGAGGACAUCACAGAGGGAGGCACUACAGCGACAAAGAUAGGAUAAGCAAGCAAGAG